GCUUCUUCUUCCCCGACAUUUCUACUUCUCUCUCUUUCCAAUUACCUUGCCGCCAUUGCAGAGCUGAUUCAAUUGCCGUUUCCAUUUUUAUUAUUAUUAUGAACAAAGGCAUUGGUGGUGGAACUGGCCCCACCGCUGCGGCUGCUGCGGCGGCAGCUCAGAAACAGAAACUGCUUCUUCAGAGAGUCGAAACCGAUAUAGCCAACAUUGUCGACAAUUUCACCCAUCUUGUCAACGUCUCAAGGGUGAACGAUCCACCUGUUAGGAAUUCACAGGAAUCUUUCAUGAUGGAAAUGCGUGCGUCCAGAAUGGUUCAGGCAGCUGAUUCUCUGCUUAAGUUGGUUUCAGAACUUAAGCAGACAGCAAUCUUUUCUGGAUUUGCUUCACUAAACGACCACGUGGAGCAAAGAAUCGUGGAAUUCAAUCAGCAGGCGGAGCAGACCGACCGUGUCCUAUCUAAAAUUGGUGAAGAAGCUGCCGUAGGGCUUAAGGAGCUUGAAUCUCAUUAUUAUUCUUCAACACAGAGGACUAGUCAGAACAGCCUGACAUGAUUUGUUGUCUAGCAGCCAUUCCAGCUGCAUUGCUAGUUCAGUCUCCACCAAUGGUUUCAUCACUUAGCUCUGGUGGUCUUAGUGAGGGCAAUCUCCAUGUGCCCUAAUCUUCUCCAUCCUCGUAGCAUUAAAAUGUGUUAAUGUUGGAAAAUUGAGAUUGUGUAAAGUCAUAUGUUGUGAUAUGAUGAAGAUAUUGAUGAUGAAGAGAAUUUUUUGAGAAUAAAUUUUUGGAUUGACCGGACCCGUCUUCAAGUAUGAACAUUGUUAGACUGUGAAGUAUGAUGUUUAACUAUUUGAGUUAAAUGAGUAAUGAGUUUUUGA